UCAGGUGAGGACAGUUUUGGCUAUUACUUUGCAGUGUAUUUAGAUUUGUCUCUAUUUUCUUAUUUAAUACAACUUGUAAUUGCUUACAAAAGUUGAUGAAAGUUUAUUUCUUUUUCAGAUUUUACGCGAUGCUCUCUCUCCCUCGUCAUCUACAGAGGCAUCAACAUUGACUGUUUAUGACCACACCGGGACUGAUGAAUUCGCUGUGGUUUUACAAGAAUGUGAAACGGAGAUAGCUGAUGAAGACUUUAGUGUAGGAAUUUAUUCUGUUUGUUAUCAUUUUCUACUGAGUUUCGAAUCUUUGGUUCUCUUGUCUCCAUUUUCCCUCCAAUUCUUUGCUGUAUAUCACAUUACUCUUCAGAGACAAAUAUUGAGCUUUAUCUAAUGUCAAUCCCUGAUUUUUUGUGAGAUGUUUGUUUCCUUUACCUGAUAAUCACUACCUGAUAUUAUAUGAUUUUCUUUUCUCGACAAGCAACUAAUGACAAUCUGACUGGCAAAAUAACCUUGCUGGCCUCGGGCAUAAUGUUGUUGAAUAAAAAAAUAUUUGGGAACCCCCUUUUAUCACGAUCCCCCUUUUUAUUAAUAGUUGGAUUGUAUAUCAGACCCUCUUAUCUUAUAUUACAUUUUACCAGAGGUUGCUUGCCAGACUGCUCUGAAUAGUUGUUCCAGCUGUAAAUGGUUGGGUACACAAAACAUGAGGCUGAGGAACCAGUGGCUAGCCUACAAAUUCAAGCUUCGCAAAUUAAAAACAAAGCACAAGAAAAUAGGAGUGAGAAGAGAUGAGGUGAAAGUCGCGGAGACCAUUUCUAAAUUGCCCAUAAGCAAUCAAGUACAAGAUGAAGAGACUUGUGAAAAUGAAGAAGAUAGUUACAGUGAAGAUGAGUCAGAUGACGAUUAUGAUAUUGAAAAAAGAUGAAUCAGAUGAAGGCCCUGGUGAAUUUAAUGACAGAAAUGCUGCAGAUGACAACUUUCGAUCUGAGCCUAAGUUCAUUGUCUUUCUGUCACAGCUUCUCCUUCUAUUUCAAAUAUGCCCUGUAUGCAAAACUAACGGCCCUUUGGUGACAACCCAUCAAGUUGGAACAAUGGUCGAAGUAAAAACAACCUGCUCCAACAUAGCUUGCCCAGCCAGUGAAGGUAUUUGGAGAAGCCAGCAUGAUAUCUCAAAAAUCAGAACACCGGCAGGAAAUAUGCUACUUUCAUUUGCAAUUCUUGUAGCAGGUGGAUCUGCCAGUAAAGUUUUCAGAGUGUUUCGCCAUAUGAGUCUUGGAUGCACCUCAAUUAGAACUUUUUUCAAACAUCAAAAGGAAAAAAUAAUGCCAUUCAUACUUCUGUUGUGGAAGAGACAUCAAUCAAAGCUAUUUGGUCAGUUGAAAGAGAAUGAAGAGGAGUUGAUUAUAGGUGGUGACGGUAGGCAUGACAGUAUGGGGCAUAGUGCAAAGUAGGGAGCCUACACAGUCUUUUGCUGCAAUAUCUCCAAAAUAAUUCAAUUUGCCCUUGUCCAGUGCAACGAGGUUGGGAACAGCACAGCCAUGGAAUUUGAAGGAUUCAAACGCUGUCUUGAUUUUAUAUUGAAUGAAGGAAUGCAGGUAUCAACGAUGAUAUCAGACAGACAUGUUUCCAUUGCCAAGUAGAUGAGAGAGGAAAAAAAGGACAAUACGCACUUUUUUGAUUUGUGGCAUCUUAAAAAAAGUAAGCCUGCAUUAUUAAAAUUGACAGAUUUAGUUGUCAUCUUGGCCAUUGGGGAAUUUAAAAUAUGUUGUAUGUCGUAGAUGAAUGUAAAAUUCUUUAUUUAAGUAAAAUAUUGCUAUAUUGUUACACUUAUCAGAGCUGGUCCCCCUAUUUGAUCUCGGUCAACAACCAAACAAAAAGUUGUAUCUCAGUCUUUGGUGCAUAUAGUAUUAUAAUAUAAGUUGAAAUCUAUGUUAUAUCAUAGAAAUCAGGAAGCUUUUCCAGAAUGCUGCAAACAGAAAAGGAUAUGAGGCACUGGUAGAAUGGAUCAACCCAUGUUUGAAGCAGUUUCACUGGUCAGCCACAUCCACACCUGAUGGCAACGGGAAAGUGAUUCUGGCAAAGUUUCAUUCCUUUUGCAGCAUGUCGUGAGUGAGCAUGAAAAUCUGGAUAAUCCAGUAUUUAAUAAAUUUGCACAUGCUGAGGUAAUCACACAAAGAAAAUGGCUUGAUAAAGGCACAGUCUAUAGAAUUGGGACGGUCUGGAAGCCUUUUUUUCUUUGCGAUGUCAUGUUUUUGUUUACGAAAAAUGCGGUCAUGUGGUAUCGAACGUGCACACGUAUUCGGGUUGAAGAGACGCAUGUUAUGAAAAUGAUUGUGCAUGUUGCCGGCGAUCUUGAUACAUAUUCUAUGUUCGCAUAAAUUUGCUCAAAAAUAACUGUUUAAGUGCGAGUCAGGGAUGCCUGGCAAUAAUUGUGCCUUCAAUCAUUGCGGUACAAGUCGAAGAUCGAAAGGAAUUGGGCUGCUCAAACUGCCAACUCCAAGGUCGACGAUGUUGAGACAAAGGAAUGUUGAGAAAAAGUUUUGGCUGUUCUGAAAAAAUAUCGUGUAGAAGAUGAAGGUUUCAAGCGUCAGCUAGCUGCUAAUACACUACACAUAUGUGAAAAACAUUUUCGUCCGGAAGAUAUCGAGAUAUGUAAGUGGAACUAUACUAAGUUUACUUGAUUUGUUGGUCUACAGCAAGUUCAGCGGACAUUGUGAAUCCGAAUAACAUGUUUUGCUGGAUGUCAUAUUGGAAGGGGAGCGUUUCCGGACCCUUGGUGACUUGUGAUUCGUUAAUACAACCCAAAAAACUCCUCGACAUGUACGACAUGAAGUUAAUCGACAUCCAUUUGGAUUUGCAUCGCUAACCUGUACUUUAUUAUCUGAUCGUAGUCAGGUUUUAAAAACAAAUAAUGGAAAUAUUAAAACCAGUAAAUAUGUACUUUCGAUUUUGCUUCUUAGCUACGGAAGCUUUAUGAUUUUAAUUAUUCUUGUUAUAUGCAAAUACAAUGCACAAGAUUCGUUUUAAAAUCUUGAAUUUAAUCAAUCCUAAAACCAAAUGUAAACAAAUCUUUUUAUUUAACCUAACUAGGCCCUUUUUCUUUAUGUGAGUUUAAAGGGGCUGGAUAAGAAAUUUGCCCGCGGGACGCUACGCGCACAGUUUGUGUUGAUCUUUGGGUGAAAGAUCAAUCUUGUCAUUGGAUUUUUUAUAGGAAAAUUGCCUACAGCAAUCUUUCUGCAUAGCUUUGAGCACAAGAGGAGCAAGUAGUAAAAAAAGGGAAUUGUAAAGAGGAUAGUCGUUUUUAUUAUUUUAUUGAUAUAUUUUGUACGUGCGCAUGGAGAAAAGGAAGAGGAGAAGGCCGAAUUUGACGGAGUUUGCUGCAAAGAAACAAAGACAGUCUGUUCGAUCAUGGCAAAGUUUGCACAGGAGGAUAUAUUUAACAAACCAAGUGUUUGAGCAGUGGUCCUUAUUGAAAGCAACAGGCACAUUCUCAAGUGAUUCUGUUCUUGCUUCCCACCUUAUAUCCUUGGAAUUUCGCCGGAGAGACAGGUAAUAAUCGCCUAGAUCAUGUUCCUUUUGCCAUGGCCUAGACCUGAUCUAUCAUGUAUUGACUGAAAAACCUUUUUUAAGGCAUUGUUUUAAUUUAGUAACGCUAAAAUUGAUUUCUUCUUCUGAAAUAUAAAAACUAUUGUUAUGUCAGUGUGCAUUACCUGUAGUUUACAGUAUGGAAUAGACCUUGAUCUUGACCUAACCUGUU